UGGAGGAGGCGGGCCGUGGGAGCCAGGCCAGAGGGGCCAGACCCACCGUUUCCGCUGGCUGUCGUCGGGCCUGGGUCUCCGGCCUCUCCUCGACGCUGUCAGGCCCGACCCCACCCGUCAUCCCUUCCAGCGGGGUGGGGGAGACGGGCCGGAGAGACCCUGUGAUUGGGAAGGAGAGGAAGCGGAGACCCAGUGAAGAGGAGGCUGGAGAUGGCGAGCCUCCUCUCCCCUCGCUUCUGGGCCUCAGUUUCUUCUUCUGUAAAAUGUGGGGGUGGGACUAGAAGCUUCCUUUCAGCUCAGAGUCAGUGAUCCUAAGAAGAGACUUGCUCAAGGUCACCCAGACGUGUCAAUCCUGACAUAGGAUUCGAACCCAGGUCCCCCUGCCUUCAAAUCCAGAGCCCUUAUCCCUACAUCACACUGCAAGCUGCUACUGGGAAGCAUGUGUCCCUGGAUGCUGCUCUGCAGCCUUUAGCACUUCCAGAGUGUUGGCCUCUGCUACAUUUGGUUUGGGACACCGGCAGGUGGAGCGUUGCUGGCUGUGAACAUGACGAAGAUCUUAGUAGCCAAACUGCUGUGCCUGGUGGGGGUGUUUAUCCUCAUGCUACUUGGCUCCAUUCUGCCUGUAAAGAUCAUUGAGGCUGAUUAUGAGAAAGCCCACCGCUCCAAGAAAAUCCUCUCUCUCUGCAACUCUUUUGGAGGUGGCGUUUUCCUGGCCACCUGCUUCAAUGCCUUGCUCCCUGCUGUGCGAGAAAAGCUCCAAGAAGUUCUGAAACUUGGAAACAUCACCACAGACUAUCCCUUAGCAGAGACCAUUAUGCUCCUGGGGUUCUUCAUGACUGUUUUUGUGGAGCAGGUCAUUUUGACCUUCAGAAAGGAGAAGCCCUCAUUCAUUGACCUAGAGACCUUCAAUGCAGGCUCUGAUGUGGGAAGUGACUCAGAGUAUGAGAGCCCCUUCAUUGGAAACUCCCGUGGACACAACUUUUACCCAGAGCAUGGUCGUCACUCCCAUGGCCAUGGCUUAGAUGUUCAAGAGCUCUCCCGCUCCAGCCCGCUGCGUCUCUUCAGCCUCGUGUUUGCUCUUUCUGCCCAUUCUAUCUUUGAGGGUUUGGCCUUGGGCCUGCAGGAGGAGGGGGACAAGGUCAUGAGUUUGUUUGUCGGCGUGGCCAUUCAUGAGACAUUAGUGGCCGUGGCUCUGGGGAUCAACAUGGCGAAGAGCUCGUUGCCACUGAAAGAUGCAGCCAAGCUGGCUGUCACGGUGAGCUUGAUGAUCCCUCUGGGCAUCGGGCUUGGAGUGGGCAUCGAAAGGACCAAGGGCGUGGCUAGCAGUGUGGCCUCAGUGCUGCUACAGGGCUUUGCAGGAGGAACUUUCCUUUUUGUGACCUUCUUUGAGAUUUUGGUGAAAGAACUGGAAGACAAGAAUGACCGUCUCUUGAAAGUUCUUUUUUUGGUGUUGGGCUAUGCAGUCCUUGCAGGACUGGUCUUCUUCAAGUGGUAGGGGCAAUGAGAAAAGUUUCGCUAGAGCGCUCCAACCCUUCCAUGGAGGCUCCAGGAAGGUAGAGCCCAAAUCUGAAGGAUGCUCCUUGCUGUCCCGUGCCUCCCCAUCCACCAGCCAGCAAAGAGGAGGAACUGCCACCCGUGAGGGGCUUGUACAGAAGAGGGAGUGUUUCCUCAAGGCCAUUGCUUGGUGCUCCUUCACGUUGGGCCUUCAGGUGGCGCUGAGCAUGUGGGCUGCCUGUGUCUGCUUAGGAGUUAGAGCUUCACAUUCAGAGGGUAUCUGCGGCUGGCAGAGAGGUUUCCUGUAGGUUGUGAUAUUACCCUCCAGAAUAUAUAUGUAUAUGUAUA